AUGCAAGGCUGGACGCACGAGCCCACCGCCAUCGACCUUUCCCCGCCGGAUGCUAUGGAUGUGGCUGAGGUCGUCGGACCUGGUGCCGUACCAGCCGCGUCCGUCCACAGGGCUGCCGCUAGGCUGCAGGCAGCGGCGGCCGCCGCCGCGGCGGCGGCGACAGCGGCGGCGGCCACGGCCAAGUCGACAGCCUUUUGUAGCGAGGGCGACGGGAAGCCAUUCCGCCUGACUACGGAUUGGCUUCCAUCAUGUCAGCAGCUAUACCGGAUCUCCGAGGAGAUUCGCCACAUGGCCUCGUCGGGUAAUUUAGAUUCAUCGGUACACGCCAAGUCCGUGUCCGGUGUACUCGAUGUGCCGGCAGCUGCCGUGGCCGCUGCAGCAGCGGGAGUCGGCAGCAGCAACGUGCCGCUACAUACCAGAUUCAAGUCGCGGUUUCAUCCCGCUGCUGCUGCUGCUGCCGGCCGCGGUGACAGCGGCGGCAGCGGUGGGGGCGAUGGCGCCGAAGGUGACGGAGAGAGGGACGAUGAAGGUGGCAUGCACGAUCGUGACGCGGACGGCAAGGUUGCGGCGGCGGCGGCAGCAGCGACGAUGAUGCCGAGCCGCUGCUACAGCCCGACGUUGCUACAAGCGACACUGCGGGCAGUUGCGCCGUUCCCGGUCGUCCUGAACCCAAGCACCUGGUGCAGCAGGUGCCCUUGUGCUUCGGGAGCGCGAGUGGAGGGGCUCCUGCGCCUCCUCGCGCUACCCGGGGGGGGGACACACACACCCUUCAACACUGACCUUCACCACCCCACUCCACCCACCGCUAUCGACCACAACCACCACCUGCAGAGCUCCAGACAAAAGCACGACAAGCUUGACGACAUGACCUCCAAGGGCUCCCAGAACUUUAAUAGUUGUCCAUAA